UGUUUCUGGACGACUUCCUCGAAAUAGUAAAACUACAACAUUUACUGGUUGUCGUUAGCAGAAGCUACAUUCGGGUUUCCUGUCUGCCAACAGGCAGCCAAAAUGUUUGCGUUUCUGUCAGUACUGCUUUUAUACCUUUUUCAUCCGGUUUUUGGCGUUUUUCAGAAACUCUACUGCAGCAUAUCUGAAAGCUGUGAGUGUGACUUUAAGCCAAAUAUCAGAGAUCUGGAGUGGGACCUUUACAAGAAUGUUUAUGGACAACAUCUGGCUCAGGACAUAGUGUCAGAGGAGGUGGCGAAGUUCCUUAAGAAUAAAAACCCUGAUCGGCCCCUGGUGCUGUCGUUCCAUGGCUCCUCUGGCACGGGAAAGACGAUGGUCAGCUCCAUGAUGGGAAAUCAUCUGUAUGGCUCUGCGAUGAGCAGCCCGUACGUCCAUCAGUUUGUUCCCACGCUGCACUUCCCCUUACCUGACCGAGUCAAACAAUACAGGGAGGAGUUGAAGAGGUGGGUGCAGGGGAACCUGACAGAGUGUGCGCGCUCCGUCUUCUUAUUUGACGACAUGGAGAAGAUGCCUCCAGGUCUCAUUGAUGUUUUGGAGCCUUUCCUUGGUCCAUCCCACGUUGUUUUUCGCACCAACUACCGGAAGGCCAUCUACGUUUUCAUUGGCACCACAGGAGAGGAGGUGAUUAACAGAGCGACUUUAGAGAUCCGGCAGACGGGACAGGAGAGGGAGGACAUCAAGCUGGACGACUUGCAGGAAGCCAUCGCACAGGCGGUUUACAACUCUUCUCUCUCCAGGCGGCUUCUUCACUCCAGCGUGAUCCAGCAGAAACUCAUCACCCGCUUUGUCCCCUUCCUGCCGCUGAGCCGACGCCACGUGGAGCGCUGCGUCCGCUCGCAGCUCUGCCAGCGGGGCAGCUGCGGCCGUACAGACGUGGUGAGGGCAGUAGGGGAAGACAUGCUCUACACCCCCGCCCAGGGACAGUACUUCUCCAGAACCGGCUGUAAAGCAGUCCCCGCCAAAAUCAACCUCUUCCUGUGAGCCGAGGGGCAAUCCGAUUGUUGAUUUUUUUGAAGGACUGAAAGGGAAAACUCUUUGAGGUGAGUCAGUGAAGACGAACAGAGUCAGUCAGUCCCUCACAUGGAGGUCAGAGCAGCGUCUCCGGAGUGGCGUCGAGGAGUCUUCCUGCACAGGGGAAUUUAAAUCACAGCCUCCUGUAUUCAAAGCAUGAUGAGGUUCCUUGAAAGCAAGUCAAAAUCUGAAUAUUAUUCAGUGUCAAAACCAGGAUUUCUGCCACGCUCUACCUCAAAGCCAACACUUCCUUUAAUUUAUGAACUCUGAAGGUGGUCCUGCUGUCCUUCUAUCUAAAAGGCUAUUUAUUCAGUAUUUAUUUAUCAGCAAUGCCCUCCUUUCACUUUUAUACAAACACACUCAUUUCAGGUCCCACUCUACACCUACAGGACCGCAACGUGUUUUGUCAAUCAUUGGUGCUGAACCAAUUCUGAUAAAUGUUGUUGGAAAUAUACAAUAAUUAUAAGAUUAUCCACCAAUAUCUGACCUUAAAAUAAGAACCCAUUAUCGUUGAAAUAGCAGCUCCUUUUUUCAAUAAAAAAAGGAGCUGCUUCCGUCAGGAAUUAAGAGUGUCAUGUCCAUAUUUUUCAAGAAAACAUUGAGGAAGAAAUCUAAAGACCGAAGAAGGGCUUUACUUGAAAUAGUGAUAGAGAACGUCAUCAUUUCUGCCACCAGAGGGCAGUAAAUACUUCCUUUUGCAGAGAGUGCAGGAGGUGACGCAGAGUUCACAAACAAAUGAAAUAAUAUGUUGUUUCUUUAAUGUAAAAUGUAUUGUAAGAAUGUUGCCUGUGUUUUUAAUACACACUCAAAAUGCACUUUAUUUCUAUGAAAGAUAAAAUGGAUCUGUCAAUCUGCCAAAAUAAAUCAUUACAUUCUGA